AGGGCUGUGCGCGUCGGGGAAGGCCCCGACCCAGGGCGCGUUUCCCGCCGCGCCGCCCGGGCGGGGAAGGCGGGGUCCAGCGCGCAUCGGGGCUGAACCGCGGGCGGAGGGCGCAUUAACACUUGCUCGCCAGGUUGGUGGAGGCGGGGCGGAUUCUGCUGGCGGCCGCGGGGCGGCGAGAGUGGGGGCUCUUUAAGCGCCCACCAACGCGGGGGCCCGAGGGGGGCAGGGACGGAGGGAGGGAACUCCGGGAGGGUCUUACGCCGACCCGCGAGACGCAGCCGAGCGGAGACGGAGUGAAGGCUGCCUCGCCCGGAAUCUCGGAGCCGAGCGCCGCGGGCGGCGGGGACCCAGGGCUGCUCCCGGCUGGGGCGCACGGUCGUAAGCCCUGGAGGUGGUGCCUCCCCCCAAAAAAUACCGGCGGGGGUAGCUUCCUCACGGCCUCCUCCCGGGCUGCCCUCGGCCUCAGCCCUGCUUCUUUCCUUGUGGGAGGGCGAGAGAGAAAGAGGGAGGAGAGAGUUGGGGGAGGCGGGAGUUGGAGGGAGAGGGGCUCUGAGCCAACCGCCGGCGGAUCCAGCAGCUCCUCGGGGAGGGCGGGCGGGAGCGCGGGGGCGGGCGCGCCGCGACUCGCUCGGGAGAAGUGGCCGCCGAUGACGGCAGAGGUGCAGCCAGCCCCGCGCGCGCAGCCCCCUCCCCCUCGCCCUCCUCCCCCCCCUCGUCCUCUUCCUCCUCCUCCUCCUCCUCCUCCCGGCCCGUCCGCGGCGCAGAGCAGCGGCGGCAGCGGCGGCGGCGGCAGCAGCCACCCGAUGUCUUCGGCGCCCGAGAAGCAGCAGCCACCGCACGGCGGCGGCGGCGGCAGUGGCGGCGGCGGGGGAGGCGGCGCGGCCAUGGACCCCGCGUCGUCCGGCCCGUCCAAGGCCAAGAAGACCAACGCCGGCAUCCGGCGCCCGGAGAAGCCGCCCUACUCCUACAUCGCGCUCAUCGUCAUGGCCAUCCAGAGUUCACCCACCAAGCGCCUGACGCUGAGCGAGAUCUACCAGUUCCUGCAGAGCCGCUUCCCCUUCUUCCGCGGCUCCUACCAGGGCUGGAAGAACUCCGUGCGCCACAACCUCUCGCUCAACGAGUGCUUCAUCAAGCUACCCAAGGGCCUUGGGCGGCCCGGCAAGGGCCACUACUGGACCAUCGACCCGGCCAGCGAGUUCAUGUUCGAGGAGGGCUCCUUUCGGCGGCGGCCGCGCGGCUUCCGAAGGAAAUGCCAGGCGCUCAAGCCCAUGUACAGCAUGAUGAACGGGCUCGGCUUCAACCACCUCCCGGACACCUACGGCUUCCAGGGCUCGGCCGGCGGCCUCUCGUGCCCGCCCAACAGCCUGGCGCUGGAGGGCGGCCUGGGCAUGAUGAACGGCCACUUGCCGGGCAACGUGGACGGCAUGGCCCUGCCCAGCCACUCGGUGCCCCACCUGCCCUCCAACGGCGGCCACUCGUACAUGGGCAGCUGCGGCGGCGCGGCGGCCGGCGAGUACCCGCACCACGACAGCUCGGUGCCCGCCUCCCCGCUGCUGCCCACCGGCGCCGGCGGGGUCAUGGAGCCGCACGCCGUCUACUCGGGCUCGGCGGCGGCCUGGCCGCCCUCAGCCUCCGCGGCGCUCAACAGCGGCGCCUCUUACAUCAAGCAGCAGCCCCUGUCCCCCUGUAACCCCGCGGCCAACCCUCUGUCCGGCAGCCUCUCCACGCACUCCCUGGAGCAGCCGUAUCUGCACCAGAACAGCCACAACGCCCCAGCCGAACUGCAAGGCAUCCCGCGCUAUCACUCGCAGUCGCCCAGCAUGUGUGACCGAAAGGAGUUUGUCUUCUCUUUCAACGCCAUGGCAUCCUCUUCCAUGCACUCGGCCGGCGGGGGCUCCUACUACCACCAGCAGGUCACCUACCAAGACAUCAAGCCUUGCGUGAUGUGAGGCUGCCGCCGCAGGCCCUCCUGGUGCAGGCAGGCGGGUCACAGGGACCCUGGACCGGCACAAGAAACUGCUUUAUUCUCGAGGUAUAACCGUCGGCAGAAGAAAAGGGUUCCACCUCUCCCCACCCGGAGUUUUUGGCAAGGAAUCCCCAACGCAAAGACACAGCGCUGCGGUUGGCACCUCCUUCCUCACUCCCUCAAAAUUGUUAAGAAAUGGUAGUGGUGGGUCUGAUCCGACUGCAGCCAUCGGCAAAUAAAAGUUUUUGAUCCUGUUGAACCCGCCUGAGACGGUGCUGUGCAGGGGAAAGCCUUCCGCAUCCACACAGGAAUUCUGCUGAGGUCCCCCCUCCUUCCGGCCAAUGGCAGAAGUGGGGGAAGAUUUUUAGAAGAAAAGCAAACAUGUGAGACCAGUCAUUAUCAAAUACUUCUAUUUUUUGGUUGAGUAUUUAUCUUUUUAUUUUUUAUUUUUUGAAAGAAUGUCUUGGAAUGCGCAAGUCUCCCUUUAGAGCCGUCUUUUGCGGGGAGCGGGAGGUGACAAGAGCUCAGAUCUCCCUCCCGAUCUCCCUCCCCACCUCCGAAGUCUCCUCCGUGGACCACAGGUGGAUCUUUGUGCGAGCAACUUGCAUUUCGGAAGCCACUGUCCGUCUUUAAACAGAAAGUCGAAGGAGCCACGAAGCAAGCGGCCGUCCGGGCGUCCGCCUCCGACCCCUUCCAUGUUCCUCUUCUUCCUUCGCUUCAGCCUCUUCUGUUAUGUUUUGUCUUGAGUUUUAUUUAGACUUUUUCAGUGGGUAUUUUUCUGUCUCCCAACCUCUACUGUAAACUUUCUGGUCCGAGAACGAGCCGAACACAGCGCAACGCAGGGACUAGGACGGCCCGGUGACCGCGCGGAUUCAGGAUUGCGGGGACGCAGAAAGGUUAAGGCACUUUUAAAAACUAUAGCAAGGCUCCUGUUUAUUUAUUCUACUUUCUUUCCCUAAUAAUCAAAACACCGCGUAGGCUCCUCCGUUUAUCAGUAUUAAUGGUGUAACUUUGUUGGCAAUAUUUGCCGUGUAGAAUUUUUUUUAGAUAUCCAUUGUAAAUUUGAAACAAAGACCGAUCUGUGUAAAAACAAAUUUCCAUAUGUUUUAUAUAAAUAUAUAUAUAAUAUGAAGGACUACCCUCCUUUUUUUUUUUUUUUUUUAGUAUUUUGGCUGCUAGAGUGCAGCAUUUGUGACACGUAUUUGAAAUUUGAGAUUUCCUUCUGCACUGUAUAAAAGGACCAUUUGAGGAUGUUUUGCCUUUUGUGUAUUUUUUCCUAAAAAAAGAACAAAAAUAAAAAUGUAUAACAUUUGUACAUGGCCUUUAAAAUUGUAUCAACUAGAAAUAAAAUUGCAUGAGUAUUUUAUUGGGACUGAGAUUGCAGAAUACCUUCCAGACUCCCAAAGACAGAGGGGGAAAAAAAACAGGCUUUGGAUCUCUAGACUUUUAAAAAUUUACAAUCUGGGCGAUUCUGAGUACUUUUUUCUUUUUUGGCAAAUCCUCCUCUUUUCACUCUUCAUUCCACUUUGAAGUAAACGCUGGACAAGAGGAACUAUUUUUCUUGGCUUCUGUUUUUUAAGAAGAGCCCUUUGCCCCUCUAAAUGUCAUUGAUCGUUUUAAAGAAAUAAUCAAACGUUUAAAGAACACUUUAGACCUCCUUCCCCUAGGGAACACUAAUUAAACCAUAUAUGUGCACAUAUACAUGUAUAUACAUAUAUGUACAUAUAUGUAUACGUGUCCAUGUACAUAAUAUAUAUUUUUUUGCCACUACAAGACCAGUGAGAGUUUUACUUUGGGUUUCCGACUUUCUUGUUCUCUUGCUGUAGCUGUUAUAAAUCGUGAAUCAACUUUAAGGUUUUUUUGUAGUUGUUGGUUUUGUCUUGUUUUGUUUUGGCUUUUUGGUGCCUUGUUCUUGGUUUUCCCCGAUAGAAAAUCAAGUAAAAUCUAAAUGAGGCAAAAGGGCGCUUGGUGGGCCAGGUGACAGGCACCUUUCCAAUCCUGUAACAUUUAUCUCCUAAGUCACAGUUAGUCCCCUCUGGGGAAAAAAUAUUUUUUAACACUUGUAUCUUCCACUGACCACCCUCUUUCUAUUCCAGUUCCCGGCUACCGAGGAAAACAAACACAGUAAGUCACAUUGUUGGUGCGGCCCUUACAGACCCACCGCAGUGUCUUGCGUCGUGGGGUCGUGAGUCUCUGAACCUGGUUCUUCUCAGAGUUGACAUUUUGGACGUGGGGUAAUUUCUUCGGUGCUCUGUUACAUCAAAAUUAUCAAUAAACUCGUCUGGGCAAUUAAUGUCCCAAACUAA